GCGCCCCUCCCCUGGGAAACCAGGUGGUGGGAGAGGGCACUGUCCCAGACCUUCCUGGAGUUAAGCUUGAGAGGAGGUGUAUCUGGUCUUAGCUGUUGAAGGUUCUUUUUUAAACAUGGGGAGUCUGGGGGCGCUCUGUUGGUUGAGCGUCUGACUCCUGAUUUCAGCUCAGGUCAUGAUCUCAGGGUCCUGAGAUUGAGCCCCGCGUCGGGCUCUGUAGUCAGUGCGGAGUCAGCUUGAGGUUCUCUCUCUUUGUCUCUCUGUCCCUUUCUCCUACUCUUGAAAGAAACAAACAAAAAAACACAUACGGGUAGUUACUGUGUAUCCUAAGCUUUGGACCCUGUUGACAGUUUCGGGGCACCAAGAUCUCCCCACCCACCCCGGGCCUCCACUCCCCCCGUGUAUCCCAUCCGGUAGGCACAUUUGAUUUGAAGUCAGUGCUGCUUACGCGCAGGGAAACCGCAGUGUGUGUGUGCUGUUGGGUCACGUUUUCAUCAGAAACCCCUGUUAAGGCAUUUUACUGGAGUGGAACAAACGAUGUUCAGAUUUUCUCAGGGUUGUCAAGGUGAGUGAUUGACUCGGUGAGGGUAUGUAGGUGACAUCGGGUCGCUAACCACGAUACUGGCCUUUUGAUAGUUCUCUGCGCUGUAGCCACAUGCUGUGAAAGUUUACAUUAUUUUGAAUUCAAAUGAUGUUGGCAAGAAAGAAUUUUUCCCGUUUUAUACUUCCCUUUGGGAAAGCAGGGGUGAUGUGAUGUUGCGUCUUUGUGUAAGGGCAGUGCGCGUAGACUGGGGUGCAGCAUCCCUCCCCGCGGCCCAGGGCUGCUGCACAGGCGGCUCCUCUGACAAGGCUCGUGUGCCCCGGGCAGGGGUGGGCGGCGCGGGGGAGCUGGGCCGCUCAGGAUGGUCGGGCGGUGCCUGGAUGGGGGCAUGCACCCAGGGAGGGCCUCAGGAUGGGAGAGCGGGGUCGGGACGGCCUGCAGGAUGCCAGGAGGGACUUCGUGACGACGGGGAGAGUUUCUGGAGGUGCCGUCGUUGGAGAGCAGGUGCAGCGCGCCGCUCUGGCGGACACACGGUCGUGAGUCCGGCAGGAUGGCACCAAAGCAGCGACCGGCCGGGCCAAGGGCAGACUUCGGAUGGUAGAGCUCUGAGUGCGGCUCUCCCCGCCCCCCCCCCCAGGGUCUACUCUCUGCGCGAGCCUCAGACCCCCGCCAGGGUCAUCGUGCUUUCAGAGGCGGAGGAGGAAAGCCUGAUACUCAAUAAAGGGAGGGCGUAUUCAGCGUCCCUGGGGGAGACGGCUGUCGCGUUUGACUUUGGGCCACUGUGCGCCGUCCCGAGGAGCGUGUUUGCGCAGAAGGGCAAGGGUGAGGUCGUGGCGCACCCGCUAUACAUCCUGUGUGAGAAUGGGGAGACCUUCCUCACGUACGUCAGCCUGGCGCACAGCGCCGGGGUUGUGGGGAAGCUGCUGGGUCCACUGCCCAUGCACCCCGCAGCCGAAGACAACUACGGCUACGACGCGUGCGCCAUUCUCUGCCUGCCCUGCGUCCCCAACAUCCUGGUGAUCGCCACCGAGUCUGGAGUGCUGUACCACUGCGUCGUGCUGGAGGGGGAGGAGGAGGACGACCAGACAUCAGAGAAGUCCUGGGACUCCAGGGCCGACCUCGUCCCGUCUCUGUACGUGUUCGAGUGCGUGGAGCUGGAGCUCGCCCUGACGCUCGCCGCCGGGGACGAUGACCCCUUCGAUUCUGACUUUUCUUGUCCCAUCAGACUGCACAGAGAUCCCAGGUGUCCCUCAAGAUACCACUGCACUCACGAAGCCGGCGUGCACAGUGUUGGGCUCACUUGGAUUCAUAAACUUCACAAAUUUCUUGGGUCAGACGAGGAGGACAAGGACAGCUUGCAGGAGCUGGCUGCUGAGCAGAAGUGCUUCGUGGAGCACAUCCUCUGCACCAAGCCGCUGCCCUGCAGGCAGCCGGCACCCAUCCAAGGGUUCUGGAUCGUGCCCGACAUCCUGGGGCCCACGAUGGUCUGCGUCACCAACAGCUAUGAGUGCCUCAUCCGGCCCUUGCUAAGCACCGUCCACCCGGCAUCUCCGCCCCUGCUCUGCACCCGAGAAGAUGAGGCCACGGCCGAGUCUCCUCUCCGCAUCCUGGCUGAGAGCCCAGACUCCUUUGAGAAGCACAUCAGAAGCAUUUUGCAACGGAGCGUUGCGAAUCCCGCCUUUUUGAAGUGGUCGGACAAGGCCGUGGCGCCACCCCCUGAGGAGUGCCUGCAGCUGCUGAGCCGCGCCACGCAGGUGUUCCGGGAGCAAUACGUGCUGAAGCAGGACCUGGCCAAGGAGGAGAUCCAGCGCAGGGUCCGGCUGCUGUGCGACCAGAAGCAGAAGCAGCUGGAGGACCUCAGCCACUGCCGCGAGGAGAGGAAGAACCUGCGGGAGAUGGCGGAGCGCCUGGCCGACAAGUACGAGGAGGCCAAGGAGAAGCAGGAGGACCUCAUGAACAGGAUGAAGACGGUGCUGCACCGCGUCCAUGCGCAGCUGCCGGUGCUGUCGGACCGUGAGCGCGACAUGCGGCGGGAGCUGCAGCGCAUCCCCGAGCAGCUGCGCCACCUGGGCCGCGCCAUCAAGCAGGUGACCAUGAAGAAGGACUACCAGCAGCGCAAGAUGGCACGCGCUCUUAGCCCACAGAAGCCCGCCAUGGCCCUCAGCGCCUACCAGCGCAGCUGCAUCCAGUCGGUGCUGAAGGAGGAGGGCGAGCACAUCCGGGAGAUGGUGAAGCAGAUCAACGCCAUCCGCAGCCACGUGAACUUCUGAGCCGCGGCGGGACCCCACGGGCGGACGCGGCCAUAGCUCCCACGGGGGCUCACGCCCAACUCACGAAGAGGCCUUGUCGGCGCACUCGGCCCUGCUGGUGCAUCUUUCCCGCCCGUGUGUAUAAUUACCGAAUAAAUGCUUUUACAUAGGA